GGUAUCUGAGACAUAGCCCUUAAAGUCUGCUCUUCUUGGCGACCUCAAGAUUCCCUCAGGAGUUAAUUGGCCUGUAAGAAGAAAGUCAUGGAGUCCCUUGAAGAACUAUCAGAGGAAGAGACUCCCAGAGAACCCACAAGUUCCUCUUCCCCAUCCUGGAAGCUCACAGGCAAGGAGAUUCUGGCCACCAAGACCCAAAAUUACUUUGCUCAGACUAAAAGAACUAAGAACAUCUUGAUUCAGGUUGCCCUCUCCAUUGGGCUAAGCAGCAUAUGGCGUUUCCCCUACCUGUGUCAUCGGAACGGAGGAGGCAGCUUUAUCCUGAUGUACUUCUUCAUGCUCCUCUUGUUCGGGAUUCCCCUCUUGUACAUGGAGAUGAUCAUGGGGCAUUGGCUGCGUGUGGACAACAUCCGGGUCUGGAAGCAGCUCAUCCCCUGGCUGGGCGGCAUAGGAUAUGCUAGCAUAUUGGUGUGCAUCUUGAUGAGCUUGUAUAACAGCAUCAUCAUCACCUGGAGCCUUUCCUACCUGGGCAACUCCUUUGAUAACUCCCUGCCCUGGAACCAGUGCCCACUGGUGAAGACCAUCAAUGUCACUGACCUCUCUUGCCUUCAGACUGUGUCCCACCAGUACUUCUGGUACCACACCACCCUGAGUGCCUCAGGCCACAUUGAAGAAGGGGUCGAGGCCCUUGUCCUGCACCUCACCCUGGGCGUCUUCGCAGCCUGGUGCCUCCUCUUCUUAACCAUGAUCACAGGGCUGAAUACUUCAAUGCCGAUCCUGAUUUUCACAGUAUUCCUCCCCUACAUCCUCCUCCUCUGCUUCCUCAUCCGAGGCCUCUUCUUGGAGGGCGCAGUUGCCAGCCUCAGACGUAUGGUGACCACAGAGCUCUCAGCCUGGGCCUCUCUGGACCUGUGGUGUCAGGCAGGAGGCCAUGUGCUCUAUUCCUUGGGCCUGGGCAUGGGCACCACCAUCAACUUCUCCUCCUACAAGGCUGGAGAAGACAACUAUAUCCAGAUGGCCUCCUUGGUGGUCCUCGUCAACCUGGGGACCUCAUUGCUGGUCACAUCCAUCAUCUUUAUAGUGCUGGGGUUCUGGGCCACUACCAGUGGUCCCACCUGUGUUGAGAAGAGCGUCUCAAAGCUGAUGAACCUGAUAAAAAAGGGCGUGCUGCCCCAGGAUGCCAAGCCCCCAGAGGACAUCCUACUCUCGCCUGCCCUGGACUAUCUAGAGUGGAUCAGCAAUCUCCCUCAACACCUCCAGGACCAGGUCAUCCACUCCACCCCGUCCUGCAGCAUCAAGACACAGAAGGAAAAGGUCAUGGAGGGCCCCGGCCUGGCAUUCGCAGCCUUCUCCCAAGCCGUCUCAUUGUUCCCUGGUUCCUCUUUCUGGGCCAUCCUCUUCUUCUUGGCCCUGGUCAUCAUGGGGCUGAACACCUUGAUAAGGAUCUUGGAAGGCAUUGUCUAUCCCCUCCAGAACUCCAUCUCCAUCUUUGGGAGGCAUCCCAAGCUGCUGUCAGCGCUCGUCUGCUUGGGAGGUUUUCUGGGCAGCCUCAUCUUCACCAGUCAUUCUGGCAGCUACAUAAUGUCCUUGUUUGAUGACUGCCUGGUCCCGCUGAUCCUUACCAUCAUUGUGGCCUUCCAGAAUGUGGCCCUGGCCUGGAUCUACGGAGCUAGGAGGGUCAGAGAAGAAAUAUUCGGUGAUCUGGGCCGCCUGCUGUGGUCCUUCUUCACUGUCCUGUGGUGCUAUGUGACCCUGCCCGGGCUGCUGGCCCUGACCACCAUCUGCCUCAUGCAGCUUUACCAGACAGAACCCCCCUACUACAUUGCCUGGAACAGCAGUAUGAGCCAGGAGGUAAAACAGCCCUACCUGCAGAGCACCCUGGGCUGGGUCACCUUCCUCAGCAUGCUCACCUUCCUGCCGAUCCCAGUCUACCCACUUCAACACUGGUGGUACCUCCAGGACCACAUUGCUUCCGAUCCCUUUGGAAAGCUACAGUCCAAAAAGAUGCCCUUGGUGCCCCCCAAGCCCUUACAGUUGCCUAAGCGCCACGUGAAGUCCCAGGAGGGAAACGGUGAAAGCUCCUCCAAGAAGCUCAGCCUGCCCUUGAUUAGGGGGCUGAACCUGAACCCAUGGCAGUUCAGCCUGCCCUUGAGUAGGGAUAGCCAGAGCUCUUCCUGGUUCAGCCUGCCUGUCAUUACCUCCGUGACAUCCAUAUCGUCCGUAAGGAGUCUCAGCCUACCAAUCUCAAGGCAGGUGAGCCCGGCCUCAACAGCCAUAGACAACAGUGACCAGCACACAGAGACCAAAGAAGAAGAGCGGCGCGAGAACUCUGUUCAGUAACUGGUGACACCACCCAUUUUUCCAAGGCAGCAAAUCUGUCCAGUAACUGGUGGCCUUAGUGUCCGUUUUGCUACAGAAAUAAUUGGUUCUGCCAGAAAGGAGGGGGAGGGGCACAUGGAAAUUCUGCCUAGGAACCACUCAUUUGGCCUUGGAAAGAAAUGGACAACUCAGGAGCCCUUUCCUCUCCUGGAAUAAUACCAGUUCUGCUAAGUGGAACAUUCUGCUCUGGGAUUGGAGAAUUCAGACGAAGAAAUCAACUCAGCCGUUCACAGGGCUGAACCUAGUGCCUCCUUUCUCCCUGUGAGGAGGGAGUACCAUGUUGGCAUGAUGGGGAUGGGCUUCAUAGCACUUUCUAGGACCCAGCCUUCCCAGUUAUCAUGGAGACAGACAGUGUUCCCUCCAAACUCCAAACUCCACCACCAAACUGGAUCACUGGCUAACUUCUCCAGGGCUACCCUCUCAGAAUGGCCUAGGGUAACAAUGCUGAGUCAAUAAAUCAAUCCCGA